UUCCUUAUGUAGCUAGCUUCUUCUAUUUAUAUCCCACGCCCACUUCUUUAUGUCGAAUGAAAUUCCAAAAUGGGAUAUCCGAAGAGAUCCAAGGAAGCUGUGCCUCGCUCUAGGCCUGACGGUAGGUGCAAGAAGCACCCAAAACACAAGCAGUCUCCUGGUGUUUGCUCCAUUUGUUUAAGCGAAAAACUCUCUCAGCUCUCAACUUCCUGCAGCUCACGUACUACCUCUUCUUAUAAUGCAAUGGAUUCCGUUUCUUCUUCUUCAUUAUCUUCUUAUUCCUCUUCCUCUUGCUCUUCUUCUUCGUCUCCAUUGCAUCUUUAUCGAUAUGGAAGGGAGGGGAAGGGAGCUUUAUCAUUCUUGUUGAAUGGCAAGAAUGUGCUCACUAGGAGUAGAUCAUUGGUUUUUGCUCCAAGAACCAGAGGCAAUAAAGACAGGAUCAGUGAUGAUAAAAAGAAAGGUGGGAUUUUGUCCAAGUUGCUACGUCCAAAAAAUAAGACGAUAGAGGAAGGUUUAUCGCACUCUAUGACUAUGAGAGAAAGGGUGAUGAGCAUCACUAGGGUCAAGUAGUUCUUGAAUUUUUUUUUUCCCUUACCACUUCUUUUCCACUUUUAUUAGAUUAGAAUUUAGUUGUUGGAUCAGUUUUACAACCAAAAAAAAAAAGAUAGAAGAAAUGAGUCAAUGAAAGAAUACGAUAGAUAAAGCAGAAAGAUGAAGCAUCAUGUAUUAAUCUUGUAUAUGGAGAAAAUUUUCAGUUCCUGUAAUUGAGUAAUUCUAUUUGAACUAAUGAUAUCAGUUAAUCAUAA